AUGGCCCUGAGCAAGGGGCUGCGGCUGCUGGGGCGGCUGGAGCCGGCGGGCGGGAGCAGCGUCCUGCUGGAGGCGCGCGGCCGCGGCGACGCUCUGCUCUUCGAGGCGGGCACGGUGGCCACGCUGGCUCCGGAAGAGAAGGAAGUCAUCAGAGGGCAGUAUGGCAAGCUCACCGAUGCUUACGGCUGCCUGGGGGAGCUCAGGUUAGACUCCGGUGGCACCUCCCUGAGCUUCCUGGUGCUGGUGACGGGCUGCGCGUCCGUGGGCAGAAUCCCAGAUGCAGAAAUCUACAAGAUCACAGCCAUCGAGUUCCACCCUCUGCAGGAAGAAGCCCGGGAGGAGGAUCGCCUCCUCGCCUUGAGGAAAAUCCUCAGCUCGGGCGUGUUUUAUUUCUCCUGGCCCAACGACAGCUCCUGCUUUGACCUGACCGUCCGGGCGCAGAAGCAGGGUGAUGACAGCUCCGAUUGGGGGACCUCCUUCUUCUGGAACCAGCUGCUGCACGUGCCCCUGAGGCAGCAUCAGGUGAGCUGUAGCGACUGGCUGCUGAAGGUCAUCUGCGGGGUGGUGGCUAUCCGCACCGUGUACGCCUCGCACAAGCAGGCCAAGGUCUGCCUCAUCUCUCGCAUCAGCUGCGAGCGUGCCGGGGCUCGCUUCUACACCCGUGGCGUGAACGAUGAUGGCCACGUGUCCAACUUCGUGGAGACAGAGCAGACAAUUUACAUGGAUGAUGGAGUGUCAUCUUUUGUCCAGAUCAGAGGCUCCGUCCCGCUGUUUUGGGAACAGCCAGGCCUUCAGGUUGGCUCCCAUCAUCUGAGACUCCAGAGAGGCCUGGAGGCCAACGCCCCUGCUUUCGACAGGCACAUGGUUCUUCUGAAGGAGCAGUACGGGAAGCAGGUGGUGGUGAACUUGCUGGGAAGCCGAGACGGGGAGGAGGUUCUCAACAGAGCGUUCAAGAAGUUGCUCUGGGCUUCUUGCCACGCCAGCGACACGCCUAUGAUCAAUUUUGACUUCCAUCAGCUUGCCAAAGGUGGGAAGCUAGAGAAAUUGGAGAACCUGUUGAAGCCUCAGUUAAAGCUACACUGGGAUGACUUUGACGUGUUUGCCAAGGGCGAGAAUGUAAGUCCACGUUUUCAGAAAGGCACUCUGCGGAUGAACUGUCUUGACUGCCUGAACCGAACCAACGCUGUUCAGAGUUUCAUCGCACUCGAGGUCCUUCACCUCCAGCUCGAGAGCCUGGGGCUGAACUCAAAACCCAUUGUUGACCGCUUUGUGGAGUCCUUCAAAGCCAUGUGGUCUCUGAAUGGGCAUAGCCUGAGCAAGGUGUUCACAGGCAGCAGGGCCCUGGAAGGGAAGGCCAAGGUGGGGAAGCUGAAAGAUGGGGCCCGGUCCAUGUCUCGUACCAUCCAGUCCAACUUCUUCGAUGGGGUGAAGCAGGAAGCCAUCAAGCUGCUGCUGGUUGGCGACGUCCACAAUGAGGAAUCAACAGACAAAGGCAGGAUGCUUCUGGACAACACUGCCCUCCUGGUGACUCCCAGGAUCCUGAAAGCCAUGACCGAGCGCCAGUCAGAAUUCACAAAUUUUAAGCGGGUUCAAAUCGCCGUGGGGACCUGGAACGUGAACGGAGGGAAGCAGUUCCGGAGCAACCUCCUGGGGACGGCGGAGCUCGCAGACUGGCUGUUGGACGCUCCCCAGCUCUUGGGAGCUGUGGACUCUCAGGAUGACAGCACCCCAGCCGAUGUAUUUGCUGUGGGGUUUGAAGAGAUGGUCGAGCUGAGUGCUGGGAAUAUCGUCAAUGCCAGCGCCACCAACAGAAAGGUGUGGGGUGAGCAGCUUCAGAAAGCCAUCUCACGCUCCCACAGGUACACUCUCCUGGCUUCGGCACAGCUGGUGGGCGUCUGUCUUUAUAUCUUUGUGCGUCCAUACCAUGUCCCAUUCAUCAGGGACGUGGCCAUAGACACAGUGAAGACUGGCAUGGGGGGAAAGGCUGGGAACAAGGGCGCCGUGGGCAUCCGCUUCCAGUUCCACAGCAGCAGCUUCUGCUUCAUCUGUAGCCAUCUGACGGCCGGGCAGUCGCAAGUGAAGGAGAGGAAUGAAGACUACCGGGAGAUCACGCACAAGCUCUCCUUCCCUGCAGGGAGAAACAUUUUUUCUCAUGAUUACGUGUUUUGGUGUGGUGAUUUCAACUAUCGCAUAGAUCUUACUUAUGAAGAAGUCUUCUAUUUUGUUAAACGCCAAGACUGGAAGAAACUUCUGGAAUUUGAUCAGCUACAGCUACAGAAAUCAAGUGGAAAAAUUUUUAAAGACUUUCAUGAAGGAGCCAUUAAUUUUGCACCCACCUACAAGUAUGACGUUGGCUCUGCCGCCUAUGACACAAGCGAUAAGUGUCGCACCCCGGCCUGGACAGACAGGGUGCUGUGGUGGAGGAAGAAGCGACCCUUCGACAAAACGGCUGGAGAAUUCAACCUCCUAGACAAUGAUCUAGAUGGCAGCACCAAAGUCAGGCACACAUGGUCUCCUGGUACCCUCAGGUACUACGGCCGCUCGGAGCUGCAGGCGUCUGACCACAGACCCGUGUUGGCCAUCGUGGAGGUGGAAGUGCAGGAAGUCGACGUGGGUGCCCGGGAGAGGGUUUUCCAGGAAGUAUCCUCUUUCCAGGGUCCUCUGGAUGCCACCGUGGUGGUAAACCUACAGUCACCAACCCUAGAAGAGAAAAACGAGUUUCCCGAGGACCUGCGCACUGAGCUCAUGCAGACCUUGGGGAGUUACGGGACGAUCGUUCUGGUCAGAAUCAACCAAGGGCAGAUGCUUGUGACCUUUGCCGACAGCCACUCAGCUCUCAGUGUUCUGGACGUGGAUGGUAUGAAGGUGAAAGGCAGAGUGGUGAAGAUUCGGCCGAAGACCAAGGACUGGCUAAAAGGCUUGCGAGAGGAGCUCACUCGGAAACGGGACAGCAUGGCCGCUGUGUCCCCCACCGCCAACUCCUGUUUGCUGGAGGAAAACUUUGAUUUCACCAGCUUGGACUAUGAGUUAGAAGGGGAUGUCCUAGAAGAUGACGACGACUAUUUGGUGGAUGAGCUCCGGCAGCCUGUGGUCUCAGACAGUGAGCUGGGCAGUGACGAGCCCCCGGAUAACCAUGGCUCCGUGGCGCCUGUCAGCAAGUCACCUGCGCUGAGGAAGAAGAAGCAACAUCCAACGUACAAAGACGACGCUGACCUGGCGGAGCUAAAGCAGGAGCUGGAAGCCAUGGGGGAUUUCUGCCACCGUUCUACAAGCAGGUCUCUGUCGGUCCCCAAUAGGUCCCGGCCACCUCACCCACCGCAGAGACCCCCCCCUCCAACUGGUUUAAUGGUGAAAAAGUCAGCCUCUGAUGCAUCCAUCUCCUCCGGCACCCACGGGCAGUAUUCCAUCUUGCAGACAGCUAAACUUCUGCCCGGAGCACCUCAGCAACCACCCAAAGCUAGGACUGGAAUAAGUAAGCCUUACAACGUCAAGCAGAUCAAAACCACCAAUGCUCAGGAGGCAGAGGCAGCGAUCCGGUGUCUCCUGGAAGCCGGUGGAGGUACCACAGAAAUGCCCAAUUCAUCCCUCAAUGCCAUAGCCCUGCGGGACCAAGGAUCCCCCAAACCAGAUCGCACCCCCGGGAGCACCAAACUGGACACUUCCCAGGGGCUCCUGAUCCUACCUCGCCGGCCCGCACCCAAGGUUCCGGUCAUCAAGAAGCCAACCUUGAGGAGGACGGGGAAGCUCCUGUCACCAGAAGAACAGUUUGAGCAGCUGCCUGUCCACUUUACAGUUGGUCCCCCAGACACAAGUCUUGAACCCCCUCCUCCGUCAGCACUCCCUCGAGUUCCACCUGUUCCCAAACCGAGAACAUUUCAGCCCGGGAAAGGCAUCGAGCGGAGGCCCAGCAGUGGACCGCCAGCACCGGAGGAGGUCCCGGCGGCAGGAGCAACCCAGCCGCCGUCCGUCGCGGUGCCCAGGGUGCCCCCGCGGAGAAAGAAGUCUGCACCCGCAGCCUUCCACCUGCAGGUCCUGAAGAGCAGCAGCCAACUUCUCCAGGGCCUCACGUGCCACCCGGGCGGGGCGGGCAGCUGCCCACCCGGACUCCAGCCGGACGCCAGCCCUCUCUGCACACAAGUGGGUUUUCUUGACCCUUCGUCUGCCACAAGCCCCCACACUGAUGGCCCCAGAGACCCAAAGCCAGACGCAGCCUCUCUUCUUGAUGAGUAUCAGGAUCCCUUCUGGAACCUUCUCCACCACCCUAAACUAUUGAAUAACGAGUGGCUUUCCCAGAGCUCUGACCCUCUGGCCUCAGAAGCCAGGAGCCCUGAGAGAUCACACAGGGACCCUGCAUGUGUCGGGACCCAGGAUCUGUCGCUAGACCUUGAGGAAAAAAACUUCCGCCACUGGGCGACCAUCAGUAACAAAGACAAGAGGACCACGCUGCAGGUGUUCGACCCCCUGGCAAAAACAUGACGCAGCACCCACGCAGCAGACCGGGCCUAAGACACGCCUGCCGAACACACUGGACACCACACUGCGCAUCGCCCACUCAUGUGUACUUUACAAAAGUUGUGUCUCUUAUUCAAUAACGUCACAGUUCAGCCACCAGAAACGUCUUAUGUAGGACGUGUGCACUUUAAGGUCUGCUCUCAGGGUAAAAGGAAGACUUCAAGGUUCAGGGUAUGGAUUUUAAGGCAAGGAAAUCUAGAUAAGACCCAGAAAGUUCUGUGCUGUUGAAUUUUAAAUGGUAGUUCGAUUUAUGUAUGGGCUUUUUGAUGUUGCUGUUUUGUGUUUGCAGAUUUGGGGUGACGCCUUGGCAGCCUGCCUAAAGGUGGUGCACGGAGGGUGCUGAUCAUGGUCGUUGGUACUAUGAAGAACUGUCUGGCCCACUUUAGAGCAGGUUUAAAAACAUCCAGGGUUGGAAACUGCAGCUAGGUCACCCCAAAGACUAGCCCAGGAUUCCCCAGAACCCUGUGUUUGUGCAGGCAGCCCCUCUGCCACAGCGCCCACCAGUCACAGAUCAGAAACACCCAACACGGACAGACUCUUCUCUUGUAAUUAUUCCCUAAGCAUUACAGCAAAGUAACUAUUUGUACAGCAUUUAUACAACGAGGUAUUUCAAACAAUGAUCGAAAGUGUGCAGUAAGAUCCAUGCACGGAUGACAUAUGAACACCAUGCUGUUUUCUGUAAGGGCCUUGAGUUUCUGUGGCACCUCCCAGCGAGGGAUGCCUGUACACUCAGUAACCUGAUCGUGUGUGCAUCCUCUGGGAGCCAUAGCUUCCACUUGGUUUGGACUCAUGGCGGCUGUACCUAUGUUGUGAUCUUCUUGAGCUGCGGUGUGUGUCUACCUAAGGAUAAUCCAGUUUGUGUCCACCAUUUUGUUUCUGCCAUACAACUUCAUAGGCAUUUUAUAUACCCCAUAAGAGGGAGAGAAAGAAGGGAGAAGGAAGAUCACCAACUAAAGAUGGCUGAAUUUAGCCAUCUUUCACAUACAGGGAUGUACCAUGUGUCCCUCAGCGAGGGGGAGAAUCCUGAAGGAGAUGCUGACAGUGGGUCCUCUUCCCCGGGCAUGCACAGCAGGCCUCUAGAUGUCCAUAAAUAGGUGAUCAGACAAAAGAGGGUGUUGAGAUGCUCAGUUCUUCUUCUGUAAUACUUGCCUAUGUGAAAGGAUUAUGUUGUUGCAGAGGUUAAAAAAAGUUUAAAAAAGGUGGAUUGCUUGGAGAAGUGAAAUGAUUGGCCAAGAUGUCCAUGAGCUCUAAUAGGUACAAUGAAGAAUGGAAUUGAGUUCUUUACAGAUGCUCCUUCUCUAUACCCACUUUCUCACAAAGAGGUACCUGAAGUAGAAGGGUUCAGAAGAGCAGAAGUCAAUUCCACAAAGGUUGCUUGUGAUGCCAGCAGGAGGCCUCUUCGUUUUACAACAAACAACAAGUGACAAGCAACUGGAGAAUCUGAGUGAAUACUAACAUCCAGAGUUGUGUUCACUUGAAUAGGACUAUCACAAGAAAAGGGAUGGCGCCAGUGGCUCACGCCUGUAAUCCUAGCUACUCGGGAGGCUGAGAGCUGAGGAUCAUGGUUCAAAGCCAGCCAGGAUAUCAAGAGAACCUUGGAAUAUCUUCUUUGGCUAGCCUUCUGUUUUGGACCAAAUGCAAUUGCUACUUACCCCUCAG